AAACAAGUUUCGUUGCGUGCGAUGCCCGUCGCGCUCUCAGAUACUUUUUGCCAGUUGAGCCGAGUACGUGAACGUGUCUGGACGUUUUUAUGGACAAGCGUUGUGGAGAGUCAGCGAAACUGAAACCGAAACCGAAACCGAAACACAAAACCGUUACCGUUAACCGAAACUAGCGAAAUCAAAGUCAAAAACAAAAACUCAAAACUGAACCGUUAGCCGUUAACCCAUACAGUUUUCAUUUAGUUGUGUGUUCAUCAAGUGCAACGCGGUAUCUCGCGCGCGUGCAAAAUUUUGCUCUAGUUCCCCCACCUCUCUCACACACACACACAGUCGCACUCACACUGCUGUCCUCUCUGUCCGCUGCAGCUGCUGUGCCUAGUUAUGAGCGUUAACCCGUUCGCGUUGCGGCGUGCGUGCGUCUUGUUAUUGUUGUUUUUUUAGGCAAUUGCCAAAAACGUUUUGCCAUUCAUCAUCACAAACAAAAACAAAAACAAUUACAAAGCCGAGCUAAUUUUCGCGUGUUACUUUUGUUCAACGACUUUUGUUUUUCCGCAAAUUUUCCAAGCUUAAAUGCCAGCACAAAUUUGAUAAGGCCAAGCCACAGCUGCUAACUUUUAGGGAUUAUAGACAGACCAAAUUGUGUGUGGAUUAGUCGACGAGUGGAGACACAUGUCGCAGAGCAUCAAGCACUUUAUGGCAAUAUGCGUUUGUAAAAGACAGCUUCCUCCAACUAAUUGAUGGCAAUUCUUUUGUUUGACUGUGCAUUUUUGGGCUAAACAGCAGACAGAGCGCCACGAAUGUCGGACGCCGAAUACGAAAGCCAUUGGCAAACUUGGCUAAAACGUAUUUAACCCAAAAUAAAAGUGAGUGCAAGGGAGACCACGAGACAAAGAGCGAGAGAAGCAACUGCAUCUAUUGGACAGACAGUCAACGUCUGGUCACAGCAGAGGCAACUAACCAACAAACCUAACCACACCACAGACUAGGCACACAGCAAGGGAGUAGAGCUCCGAAGGGGGCUUGCCAACCCAUAGACAGAGCCAGAGACAGACGCAGAGCAGGAGCAGAAGGAAAAGGAAGAGACGAAGAGGCACAUAAUGAGCAGACGAGGGUCGUCGGCAACGGCAACAGCAACGGCAAUUACCAUGUCGCCGUCAACGUUGCUGCUGCUGCUGGUGCCGCUGCUGCUGGUGCUGCUCGUGCCGACAAAUGGGCUGGCAAAUUGUCCAAAUGGCUGUGAAUGCGAUGACGAAACUCUGAAAGUCAACUGCGGUGUGGGCACGCUCGAUGUGCUGCCCAUCGCAUUGAACCCGUCCAUUCAGCGGCUGGUCAUUAAGAACAACAAGCUGAAGACCAUCGACUCAUCGAUGCAGUUCUAUUCACAGCUCACAUUCCUUGAUUUGUCGUACAAUGACAUGGUCACGAUACCGGAGCGCUCAUUCGCCUAUCAUGCCAAGCUCCAGGAGCUGCAUCUCAAUCAUAAUAAGAUUGGACAAGUGACGAACAAAACCUUUACGGGCCUAUCCACAAUUACGGUGCUCAAUCUGCGAGGCAAUUUGAUUGCCGAGCUGGAGUAUCGCACCUUCUCGCCCAUGGUCAAGCUGGUGGAGCUCAAUCUGGGCCAGAAUCGUAUCAGUCACAUCGAUCCGCACGCCUUGGACGGACUGAUCAAUUUGAGCAUGUUGUAUCUGGAUGAUAAUACACUUACCACGGUGCCAUCGCAGCUAACAUUCCAAGCACUGCCCGGCCUGGCGGAGCUCUACUUGGGCACCAAUUCGUUUAUGACCAUUCCGGCUGGCGCCUUUCAGGAUCUGAUGGCUCUGACGCGUCUGGAUCUGCGCGGUGCCGGGCUGCACAAUAUAUCAGGCGAUGCGCUCAGGGGCCUGGAGGGUAUACGUUUUCUGGAUCUCUCCGAUAACCGCCUGCAGGCAGUGCCCUCUGCUGCACUGCAGCAUCUGGCUCGCCUCGAGCAGCUGUCGCUGGGUCAGAACGACUUUGAGGUAAUCGCAACAGGCGCAUUCGUGGGACUGCGUGAGCUGCGGCAGCUGGAGAUCACGGGCGCCCACCGCUUGCGCCGCGUGGAGAGCGGCGCCUUCGCCGACAACACGAACUUGGAGCAUUUGAAUCUGUCGGCCAACAAGCAGCUCAACGAGCUGUUGGCCAAUACCGUGGGCGGAUUUCCACACCUGAGCACUGUCAUCCUGAAGGAGAAUCAGUUGAGCACGCUCUCCGAGAGCCUGUUUCCCUGGUCGGACCUGCAGACCUUGGACCUCUCAGAGAAUCCCUUCGUGUGCGACUGCCAGCUGAUGUGGCUGCGUAAUCUGCUCAUCAGCAGAAAUGGCAGCAGCCAAUAUGCGCCCGUCAUCUGCUCCUACCCGGCCAAUUUGCGGGAGCUGCCACUGACGCAGUUGGCCGAGCCACUGCUGGGCUGCACCCAUGGCGGCGGCAAUAAGCAGGCCAUCAUUGGCAUCAUGGUCGUUAGCUGUGCAGCGCUGAUAACCACCUUGGCGCUGGUGAUCUACGCGUGCCGUCGUCGCAUACGCGAAAUGCUCAAGGGCCACUCGGCGCUGGGGCGCAAGGAGCGUGAGUAUCAGAAGACCUUCUCGGAUGAGGAGUAUACGACACGGCAGCCACCUGGCUGCGGCGGUGUGCAUCCAGCGUCGGGCUAUCCCUGCCCCAGCAGCUACAAUUCAUCGCAGUAUUUGGGCAGCCGGCCGAUACCAGUCACCGAGCUAUAGCUAGAAGCUCCACCCCCACCUCAGCUGCGGGGUCGGGGUGGUGCCCCCUCCAGUCACAACGGUCCCUCGCCCUCGACAAACUCAGGAACAGCGCUGCAGCAGCUGCAAGUGCCCAGCGCCGUCGAUGCAUCGCAUGCGCCCUUUGCCCAACUCAGCCACAUUCACUACAUGACCAACAAUCCGCAGACAGGAGCCACGGCAGCAGCAGCAACAACCACACCGCGCUCGCAUCAUUCGCAACAGGACAUGCGUUUGCUGGCAAAUGGCGGGGGCAAGGCACUCGGCCUGAAUGCCUCGCUGCCACGUCACAUGGCCGUGCGCCAGUGCGGCGUGCAGGAGAGCACCCUGUCGCACUAUAGCCAACCGCUUGCCAAUGGCCAUGCCGGCAUACGCCUCACCCAGGAUCACUUUAAUCACAAUGGCGCCGUCUAUGCCAAGCCCUGUGAUGCCAUGGCUGAUGCCGGCUACAUACACAACAAUUCACAUUAUUCGCUGCCGCUGGACCAUGAUAUGCCGCCGAGUCCUACGCCCACACCGCCGCCGCCGGCGCUGCCGUUGCGCAACGGCAUGGGCAUGGCUCUGGUGCAUGGCAAUACGACUGGCCGCCGUUCCUUCAAUGCCAACAACAACAAUGUGGCAACGCUGUCAAACAAUAACCCAGUGCUGGUCAACGGCAACAAUAACAACAACGGGAGCCUGCGUCGGUAUCACUGAUAUACGCUAAAGUCGUGCGGCACCUUGGGCCGCACCAAGCCGCAGCAGCGGAACGGAGACAUUGAGCUCUACCACUUCUACAAGGGCUGAUAAGGAAUCGGAAUUGGCGAUGGAAUUGGGUCACAUUCUGUUACUUGAUAUAUGCAUUAAUUAAUAUUUAUGUAUUGUAUAUUUAGUUACUUCUAUUCAGGCGAAAUCAUGUUGUAUAAAUUAGCGUUUAGUUCAAGUAAAAAAGGCAGCAGCCACUGCACUCAGCUGUUAUUCAAGUUCAGUUUGACAAGCAGUUGACACUGGCCGCUAGGUCGUUGGGCUGCUGACGUUAGCCAACACUGCUGUCAUCUUCUUUAGCUGUCUUUUUUCGCAUCCAGUGAUUUAUUUAAUAAGUUUAACUUAGACAUUUAAAUUCAUGUAAAUAAUUAAAUGCUAUGCACAAAGGAUAAACAAAAAUUAUUAAAACACGAAAAAAAAUUAA